AUGGCGCUCCCUAUUUAUACUCCCGCCAAGCCUGACCGCGCCUACUUCCGUGGGGUCUACGACGAGGUCUACGGACCUCACCCUAAUUUCAACUUUGGGACACUCGUCCCAUCCGACCCUGGAGAUGACCUCUCCAGCAAGACCCAGGUGCCGGUGAACAAGUCCCGGCCUCGAAAAUGCUGGGACGCCGUGUGGGCCAAGCCCAAGCACUGGUGGUCCACCCGCAGCGAGUCACAGCGGGCUUCCUGGCUAUACGCGCUCGCAGUCUUUCUCGGCUUCUGCUUGGUGGCUAUCCUGAUCGCCACCGUCUAUGUUGGCGUCUCAUUUGGAGCUACAGGCCGGUGGUCGUUCUCCGACCCCUUUCAAAGCUCGGACAUUGUGAAGCGACAACGACAAGAAGUGAGAAAUCUUGUCGUUAGCGGAUCUGCCUGGCCAACGGAAACGAAUGUUGGCCUUUUAUCGACACCAGCAGCGAGCCCCAGCAUCGUUGCCGUGUCUUUCACCGCAUGA